CACAUCGACCAUACUCGCGGUCAGUAGUAUUUACUGGUUAAAUUUCAAUUUAUUAUUUAAAUAACGCAGCACAGCACGACAUAUGCAUAUAUAAGAUACAGCUAUCUACUGUAUGUGCACACACACGCGAACGUCGGGGCACAUUCAUACUUAUAUAAAUUACUGCUAACAUUAAAUUAUAGACAAUUAAAAAGACAAUGUCAUCCAAUCGGAAUAGCGAUGAUUUUACCAUACGUCCACUCAGCGCCGAGCUGGAGCUCAGAGCGCAACAGGAGCUGGGCGAGGUGCCCGAUCGUGUGCCCGAGGAUAUUGAGGCAAUGCGCACAUGGAUCUCAAAGCAGCCACAUUUAAAGGCACGCGAUGAUGCACAAUUCCUGGUCGCAUUCCUGCGGGGCUGCAAGUACAGUCUGGAGAAGACGAAACUAAAGUUGGACAACUUCUAUGCGAUGCGUGGCGCGGUUCCAGAGCUCUAUAAGAAUCGCUUUGUGGGCGACAAACAGCUCAGCAUACUCAAAACGGGCUGCCUGCUGCGACUGUCUGAACCACUGCAACCGGAUGGUCCAAGGAUACACAUCUCGCGCUAUGCAUACUACGAUUCCAAUCAGUAUUCGAUUGCGGAGGUCAUGCAGGUCAACACAAUGCUAGGCGAGAUACAGAUACGUGAGGAUGAUAAUGCAAUGGUUUCCGGGUUUGUGGAGAUCAUUGACAUGAAGGGCGUCACAGCCGGACACAUGUUCCAGUUCGAUGCGAUGUUGAUCAAGAAACUGGCCGUCUUGGGUGACAAAGCGUUACCCUACCGACCCAAGGGAUUUCACUUCAUCAAUGCGCCAUCGAUCGCCGAGAAGGCAAUGUCCAUCGCAAAGAGUUUGAUGAGCGAUAAGAUACGGAAACGGUUCCAUAUACACUCCAAACUGGAUACACUCUACAAAUAUGUGCCCAAGGAGUGUCUGCCUGUAGAAUAUGGCGGCACCAAUGGCAACAUACAGAAUGUUGUGGAUACCUGGACGCAGAAGCUGAUCGACUACACCGAGUUCUUCCAGCAGGAUGCGGGAUAUGGUACAAAUGAGAAACUGCGACAAGGUCAGCCCAUCAAUUCCGAAACGCUCUUUGGCAUUGAGGGUUCGUUUAGAAAACUGGACAUUGAUUAGCUCUAAGCAACAAAGUAAUCCUAGCAGAUAUAUGGUAAAUAAUAACUGUUUAAUGUUUUAGAAAGAAUUAAUUAAAGCACACAAAAUCAA